CUCACUACUUCUAGUCCCAAGAAGCCAUGGACCCCUACAAGUUUCGUCCCUCAAGCGCUUUCGACACCGCUUAUACAACCACAAAUGCUGGCGGACCGGUGUGGAACGACGACCAGGCACUAACUGUUGGAUCAAGAGGACCCAUUCUCCUUGAGGACUACCAUUUGAUCGAAAAGAUUGCGCAUUUUGCCCGGGAGCGCAUUCCAGAGCGUGUUGUUCAUGCCAGGGGUGCCAGUGCCAAAGGCUUCUUUGAAUGCACUCAUGAUGUCACCAACCUCACCUGUGCCGACUUUCUCCGGGCACCCGGCGUACAAACUCCGGUCAUCGUUCGCUUCUCUACUGUCAUUCAUGAACGGGGAAGCCCCGAGACCAUUCGAGACCCUCGCGGCUUCGCCGUCAAGUUCUACACUAGGGAGGGCAAUUGGGAUCUCCUGGGAAACAAUUUCCCAGUGUUCUUCAUUCGUGAUGGCAUCAAGUUCCCUGACGUGAUCCAUGCCUUCAAACCAAACCCCAAGUCCCACAUCCAGGAGUACUGGAGGGUCUUCGACUUCUUGUCGCAUCACCCUGAGAGCUUGCACACUUUCUUCUUCCUCUUCGAUGAUGUCGGUGUUCCAACGGACUACCGGCACAUGGAAGGCUUUGGUGUCAACACCUACACUUUCAUCAACAAGGAAGGAAAGGUCCAUUAUGUGAAGUUCCACUGGAAGCCAACUUGUGGAGUGAGCUGUUUGUUGGAGGAAGAGGCAACAGUUGUUGGUGGCAAGAACCACAGCCAUGCCACUCAGGAUCUCUAUGAUUCUAUUGCUGCAGGGAAUUAUCCUGAAUGGAAGCUCUAUGUUCAGGUCAUGGAUCCUGAUCAGGAGGACCGCUAUGACUUCGACCCGCUCGACGAUACCAAGACUUGGCCUGAGGACAUCUUGCCCCUCCAGCCGGUCGGUCGGCUGGUCUUGAACCGGAACAUCGAUAACUUCUUCGCAGAGAAUGAGCAGCUAGCAUUUGGCCCAGGGCUUGUUGUGCCUGGAAUCUAUUACUCUGAUGAUAAGAUGCUUCAGUGUAGAGUCUUUGCCUAUGCUGACACUCAGAGGUACCGUCUCGGGCCGAACUAUUUGAUGCUUCCGGUGAAUGCGCCGAAAUGUGCUUUCCACAACAACCAGUUUGAUGGGUUGAUGAACUUCAUGCAGAGGAAUGAGGAGGUGGAUUACUUCCCUUCAAGGCAUGAUCCGCUUCGACAUGCAGAGAGGUUCCCCAUUCCUUCCCGCGUCGUUACUGGCAAGCGUGAGAAGAUUGUAAUCCCCAAGCAAAAUGAUUUCAAGCAACCAGGGGAGAGAUACCGCUCCUGGGCGCCUGAUCGGCAAGAGCGUUUCGUUCGCCGAUGGGCUGAGUCACUGGGACACCCAAAGGUCAGCCAUGAACUCCGUAGCAUCUGGAUCACAUAUCUGACACAGUGUGAUGUAUCGCUCGGUCAGAAGGUAGCAAACCGCCUCAAUGUCAAACCAAGCAUGUGAUGAGGAUGCAGAUGCCAAGCCAUAGGCUGUUAUGUUUAUGCAGUGAGUUAUGUUUCUAUGCCAAACCAGAGAAUAAGGCUACUUGAAUGUAUUCACUGUGUCAAAAAUGGGAUUAUGUUAGCACGAUGCUGUAUGUGUAAAUCGAAAUGGGAUCUUAAGUGCGUGGUUUUGCUUGUAAUCUAAAACUAAGAAGUGCUUUCUUCUAGCCAAUCAUAAAUUCCACAUAACCUCAUGGUUUAUCUUCCUGUUUCUAGAAAAAAA